GCCCGGGGCUCAAUGGGAGCCGGCGGGAGCGCGCCAGCGGGAGCGCGCGAGCCGGCGGCAGGCGGGGGCGGGUGGGCAGGAGGGCCAGGAGGAGAGAGGCGGCGGCGGCGGCGGCGGCGGCAAGAACCCAGAUCCUGAGCCCGGCCAGGGCCGAGCGAAGCGGAACGCGGCGGUAGCGGCGGCGGCUGGGCCGGGAGAGGCUGGCGCGCCGGGCGGCUCCGCGAAUCCUCCGGCAUCCGCCCCGGCGGGCCGCCCCCGCCCGCGGCAGCCCCCGGAGCAGCGGCCCGGCACCGGCGCCUUCCUGGCGGGCAAGAGCAAAUCAUGGAGCUACGUGUGGGGAAUAAGUACCGUCUGGGACGAAAGAUCGGGAGCGGGUCCUUCGGAGACAUCUACCUGGGUGCCAACAUUGCCUCUGGUGAAGAAGUCGCCAUCAAGCUUGAGUGUGUGAAAACAAAGCACCCCCAGCUGCAUAUCGAGAGCAAGUUCUACAAGAUGAUGCAGGGGGGAGUGGGGAUCCCAUCCAUCAAGUGGUGUGGAGCUGAGGGGGACUACAAUGUGAUGGUCAUGGAACUGCUGGGGCCCAGCCUCGAGGACCUUUUCAAUUUUUGUUCCCGAAAAUUCAGCCUCAAGACGGUGCUGCUCCUGGCCGACCAGAUGAUCAGCCGUAUAGAGUACAUUCACUCCAAGAACUUCAUCCACCGGGAUGUCAAGCCCGACAACUUCCUCAUGGGGCUAGGGAAGAAGGGCAACCUGGUCUACAUCAUCGAUUUUGGCCUGGCCAAGAAGUACCGGGAUGCCCGCACCCACCAGCACAUCCCCUACCGGGAAAACAAGAACCUGACCGGCACUGCCCGCUAUGCCUCCAUCAAUACCCACCUGGGCAUCGAGCAAAGCCGUCGAGAUGACCUGGAGAGUCUGGGCUACGUGCUCAUGUACUUCAACCUGGGCUCCCUGCCCUGGCAGGGCCUCAAAGCAGCCACCAAGCGCCAAAAGUAUGAGCGAAUCAGCGAGAAAAAGAUGUCAACGCCCAUCGAGGUCCUCUGUAAAGGCUACCCCUCUGAGUUCUCCACAUACCUCAACUUUUGCCGUUCCCUGCGGUUCGACGACAAGCCUGACUACUCUUACCUGCGCCAGCUCUUCCGCAACCUCUUCCACCGACAGGGCUUCUCCUAUGACUACGUCUUCGACUGGAACAUGCUCAAAUUCGGUGCAUCCCGGAACCCCGAGGACGUGGACCGGGAGCGGCGAGAACACGAGCGCGAGGAGAGGAUGGGGCAGCUGCGGGGGUCCACGACCCGGGCCCUGCCCCCUGGCCCCCCCACAGGGGCUACCGCCAACCGGCUCCGCAGUGCAGCCGAACCUGUGGCCUCCACCCCAGCCUCCCGCAUCCAGCAAGCUGGCAAUACAUCUCCCAGAGCGAUCUCACGGGUCGACCGGGAGAGGAAGGUGAGUAUGAGGCUGCACAGGGGCGCGCCUGCCAACGUAUCGUCCUCAGACCUCACUGGGCGGCAAGAGGUCUCCCGGAUCCCCGCCUCACAGACAAGCGUGCCAUUUGACCAUCUCGGGAAGUGAGGAGUGCCACCAUCGGACCAGUGUUUGCUUAGUGUCUUCACUGUAUUUUCAUUUAAACAACAAUAAGAUGGAAAAAAAAAAACACUCAAAGACCCAGCACAAAACCGACGAUGGAUUUUGUUUCUUUAAGUUUUUUUUUUUUUUUUUUGGGCCAAUGGCAAGAAGAUGAGACACCCUUAACACUGCGGAACCUUGCUCCCUGGCAUCACAGGCUGCCCAGCCCAUCUCCACAACCCUGGGCCACAGGAGGCAAUUGCCGAGUCCCCAGCCCAGCCACCUGUUCUGCCACCACUCACACUUGCUAGAAGAGGAAUGCCUUAGUGCUGCAGCUGGGUCUCACAUACCAUCAGAAGUGGUUGGAGGAACUCAUGUCAGGAAGUGGUGUGGUCACUCAAAAGCAGGUCCCACUGCGUUUUAUGAGCCUCGGAAUUGAGGAGACACGCACAGCCCCCACCUCUCCUUUGCCUCACCUUGGAGACCUCAAGUGGGUGGGGAGGUGGCAGGGCCAAGAUGCUUUGUGUGUUUGCUUUGUGUGUUUGUGGCUGUAUUUGACCUGUGUUCCCCAGGGCAGCAGGUGCUGUGUCCCCGCCUCCCAGGGUGAAUUCCUUUCUCCCAUGUCUCCUAAACGGGCAUGGAGUGGGCUGUGACAUCCACAUCCCUCAGGGCACAGAGGGUCCUCACCACCCCCAGACUGUCAUCAGCCUGGCAGCCCCACCAUCCAUUCUUGGUCUUAGGGCAGAAUCUGUGGAGACUACUUCUAAAAACAUCUGACUAUGGGUUAUAAAUUACUCCCCUGGUUCAGAUAGUCACCUGGGAUCUCUCCUCUCCCUAGGUUUCACCUUUCUGAGGAGGAGGAACCUGAGGUUAGGAUCGAGUGUUGGAUUUCCCCAUCCUUCCUAGUUAACUCCUGGUUUUGUUUUUAUUUUUGUUUUCUCUGUGUGUUUUUCCUAAUUUAUUUACCUCUGUUUCCCCUUUUCCCUUUUUUUUUUUUAAUUACAGAGCAAAGCUUUUUAUUACUUUGUAAUUUAAAAAACUGAAAAAAAUACUGAAGAACUUUGGGGGGAAUUUUGUACUUUUUUCCUGUGUAAAUAUUGGACUUUUUUGAGCUUUAUCGUGGUUGUUAAUUUGAAGUAAUAAAGUAGAAAAGGAUAAUGUGA